AUGAGCUCCCAUGCGGCAGCUAGUAUUUCCUUUUUAAUCAGGAAAUCUUUUGAUUUAGCAAAGUUCAAUGACUUGAUUGACAUUGAAAAGCAAAAUGCGUUUAUUGCCGAAGAAAAUCUAAGCGAAAUUUCUUUGCUAAGUCUACAAGAAACAUCAGAUCAGGUGGGAGAGCGAAUAGGAUACCAAAUCAACUGGAUUUUUGAAGGAAGGAUAGAACUAUCAAGCAUAUUUACUUCAAUAGAUACAUUGGAAAUUAGUGUGAAUUUAUUGCUUUCUAAAUCUCAGGACAUAUCCAAUUUCAAAACUGAAUCCUUGCUUGAUACUAUCGGCAAGAUCUGUAGCUCGAGUUUAGAGGUUAAACGACUAAUAAGUCCGUACAAAAAACGGCUUGCAAUAGCCAAUCAUCAUAACGAAAUUGAGAAAGAAGUAUUAGGCUCUGUGAAAAAUGAGAUAUUAUACUGUGCAAGUAAGUUGGACGACCUCGAGAAAAAGAAACAAAUGGUUGAUAUACGAAGCCAAAUUCAGAACUGGACACUUGAUGACUUUAUUGCAAAGAAAAAAGAGCUGGCAUCUGAUUUGGCAACGAACUAUAAUGGGUUAAUAGUAUUUGCAGGCCUCGAUGCCCAGAUAUUCGACUCAUAUACCAGCCUACAUGAUACCAUACUGCCUAUCUCACAGUCAUUAAAGCUUAUACCAAAGGCAUUGGAUGACUUCUAUCACAAUGCUAGAAUUUACUAUCAGAAUUUGAUUCUAGAUAACAUUGACAACUAUGAACAGAUCACAGCAUUAUAUGAAAAAUACAGGCAAGAUUUGAGAACGUUCAAGAAAUACUACAUUACCCAUCGAAUCAAUUUAAUAUGCGAGAAAAUAUUUGAGAAAGUCAACACAGAUCACGAACAAUCGAAUAGCGUGCUUGAAGGUGUCUUGGAUGUAUUAAAACCUAUUGAUAACUACUAUGGAUUGAGUGAGGACUACUCUUCAAAGCUAAAGUUAAUCGAAGAUAAGUUCUACAACAUACCUCUUGAAGAGAAUGUGCAAACGCCACCUCCUAAAAGUAUGCAGUGUAGAUCAAAACGAGUAUUUAGUAAUCCAUUGGUUGACUCCCUUAACAUGAAACCUAUUUUGAGUGGAAAUAGAAUUAAGAAAAGACCAGAAGUUAAGAUUUUUCAAACUCCGAGAAAUAUCGACGAUGACUUUCAUAUGAAAGCUAACACUGAAAUUUUAGAGAGAAUUAAAGCUGAAAUUGGUGACAAUUCUACUGCUAGCAUGCAGAGAAUACCAGACACUCCUCUAACCCUUUACUCUCCUCAAAGUAGUGACAGUUCUCCUGAUACUAUGCAAACAAGAAAUAUAUUUGAUUCCCCCGAUCCAUUCAUAACGCCAAACAGUCGAAGUUUUCAGAAAUCCCGACUUCCUAUCUCUACACCACUGACUACUCCCAGGAUAACGCCAACAAAAAAUUACAUGUCAGUUGAUGAAGAGUUAAAACGCAAACAUGAUCUGGUAGUCAAAGGGAAUGCGCACACUCCUCUACUUAGAUUCGAAUUAUCUACAAUCAUCAAGGUUGAUCCGAAAACAAAGGAACCCCAUUUUCCCAUCUCGGAGGCUACGGCAGAUAUGUCAAAGUUGUCACUCAGUCAAAGCCAGAUUCCUUUUUCAUGUGAUUCGAGGGCUUGCAAUGAAUCUCAAGCAAUAGAAACCUCAAAGAUACCUCUUCCUAAAAGACCCGAGUCGAGGCUUAAUAUGUUAAGGUCUGUGAGUAGACUACAAACUGAUCGGAGUAAAAAUGGAAGAAGCUCGAGCCUCGGAUUUGGCAGAUCUGAUUCAAGGCUUGAAAAUAUUGCAUCUAGCAUUUCAAUGAAACUAGGUACAGACUCUCCCGUUUUGAUAUCAGAAGCCAAAACUAGGCCCUCUACUGUGAUGGCACAAAGAGAGAUGAAGCAAUACGGUAGGCCACCUCAGCUCAGACAAUCAACAGGAAGUUAUUCUGGGCAACUGCGUAACAUGAAAACAAGAGGGGCCACAUCAUUGGGUGCUCGGACAUUGGCAUCACAAUCUAGGGUUAGCUCUAUCUGA